UAUUAAAUAAAAUGAUGUCUAAGCUAGAUAAACUUGCGAUCCCAAAGAAUUCUAAGGAGAAUAACCUCUCUUUUGGCGACCCUGUUAGCUUCAGAGAAAGUAAAGGCUACUCUAAAGAAGAAAGGAAAGAUGCAGCAUCUCCUAUCGUUAUGACUAAGAGCUAUCAUUUCAAUGAAAAGACCAGUGGUGAUAGAUUUAUCCCCUGAAGAUCGUAUUUAGAGUCAAGUCACUCAUUGUUACUCAACAAUGAGGAUAUCAAACCUAAUAAGGGAUAUUCCUCUGAGUCUGAUACAUCCAGAGAGGACAAUUCAAGCCUUCAGAAUUAUAAUGCUCUGCUAGAGAGUCAGUUCUUUGGGGGAGAUGAAGCUCUACAUGAGAUGAACUUAUCUUGUAUAAAUCAGGCUGAUAAUAUUGCUCAGCCGAAUUUUUCAUCCUAUUCUAACACCAAAGGAAGAAGUAAAAUGCAGAAAGAGAAUAAGAAUCUCUUGAAGUAUAAGAAGAAACCAAGCUGAAAGAAGUAUAGCAGCGGUUUAGCCUCGAUGUUAAAUAUGAAUUCAGAUGCAUACUAUCAGGCUGACCUCAAGCCUAGUAGAAAAGUCUCAAAACUGCCUUUUAAGGUCUUGGAUGCUCCCCAGCUUCAAGAUGAUUUCUACCUUAAUCUUGUAGAUUGGAGUAGCCAGAACAUGCUGGCUGUUGGUCUAGGCACUGAAGUUUACAUCUGGAGCGCCUGAAAUAGCAGAGUAACAAAGCUCUGAGAGACAGAUUAUGGGAACAGUAUCACUUCUGUAGCAUGGUCUCAGAAGGGAAAGCAUCUCUCUGUUGGAAUCAGUAAUGGAGAAACUCAAAUUUGGGACACACAGCAACUUAAGUUGAUCAGAACAAUGGGUGGGCAUAAUGGAAGAGUAGGUGCGAGCGCCUGGAACGGAUCUAUACUAGCUACAGGGUCAAGAGAUAGAAGGAUUUUAGUGAGAGAUGUCAGAGCAGACAGUCCGUUAAUUUAUGAUUGGGAGAGACAUAAACAAGAAGUAUGCGGUCUCAAGUGGAGCCCAGAUGAUCAACAGCUAGCUUCAGGAGGAAAUGAUAAUAAAUUAUUCAUCUGGAGCGUUCAGAACAAAGAUCCUUUGGCUAAAUUUUCAGACCAUUCAGCUGCUGUGAAAGCUAUAGGGUGGUCGCCACAUCAACAUGGAUUAUUAGCUACAGGAGGAGGAACAGCAGAUAGAUGAAUUAAAUUUUGGAAUACGCUUACCCUCGAAAAUAUUGACAGUAUAGAUACAGAAAGUCAAGUGUGUAACUUGACGUUUUCUAAAAAUGUGAAUGAAAUUGUAUCUACUCAUGGGUAUAGCUUGAACCAGAUAAUUGUUUGGAAGUACCCAUCAAUGUCUAAAGUGACAACUUUAACAGGUCACACAUUCAGAGUUCUUUACCUCUCCUUGAGUCCUGAUGGACAGACCAUAGUAACUGGAGCUGGAGAUGAAACAUUACGUUUUUGGAAUGUUUUUCCCCCCAAUGAGACUAAAUCAAAUUCCAUCUUCGGUUGCUCUUCUUCAACUUUUCCUUCUGUGAUGAAGAUAAGAUAA